UUUGACAAUGUCACGCAAUUAUCCAACACAGGAACCUGGGAGCCUCUCGUGUCGGGAGACCAGACCUGUAUAUUUCUCGCCCAGUGAAUCUAAAACUGGUUGAACUAGGGUUUUGCUACUUCUCUCUCUCUCUCUCUCCGAACACUGCCCGUUUGCUCCAAAGAAUGCCAGUUAUUGUUACAUUAAGCUAAAAACAUGGCGUUUUGGCGUAGAAUCAAUCGAUCUAAUCUUCAACUCUUAUCGAAUCAAUACAGGAGAUUUUACUUUCAAGCUCCUUAUACUUCCUCUCUUCAUCAAACAAGAACCACACCUUUAGAGAAACCCGUUAGUAGCAGUAUUUACAAGAAACCCUCUUACUUCUACAAUAAUGUCAGAUUUUUUGCUGCCCCUGUUCAGGCUCUCAAGAAUAAGAAGGAAGACCCAAGCAAGGAUGGGCCGCGUUUAAAUGAGCAAAUUACUGCUCAUGUUGUUAGAUUGGUGAUGGAGGACGGUCAUCAUUCUAUCGUCUCAAUUCAUGAAGCAUUGGAUCUGGCAAGCAAGCAUGAUCUUGAUCUAGUUGAGGUUCAAAGAAAUGAUAACCCUCCUGUUUGUAGACUGAUGGACUUUCAUCAGAAAAGGUACCAACGACGUCUAAGGGAAAAGGAUCGUGCUAAAAGCAAGUCAGGGGAGACAUUAAAGAAAGGAGAAGGCAAAGAGGUUCGAUUCACUGAGAAAAUUGAAGCAAAAGACCUAAAGAUAAAGGCUAAAAGUGUCGUAAGAUUAAUGGAACAGGGUUACCGAGUGAAGUGUAUGGCCAUGGGCAAGGGUAAGGAGGAUGAAGACGAGGACUUGGGAGGACUUUUGUCCCGUCUCACUGACUUGAUUGAAGAUGUAUCUGUCGUGGAGAGUGGGCCAAGGGUGGAGAGAAAACAGGCUUAUGUGAUAGUCAGGCACGUCAAAUUUGGCCCAUCAAAGAAAGGUGGUGGAAAAACAUCAAAGGCUGUCGAAGGUGCUACAACUGAACCUGCUACUAAAUCAGCCAUUGAUAGACAAAGGCCCAUCCUGCCUCAAGAUGAUUCUACAGAAUCUGUCUUUAAGUCUGAAGAUGAGGUACUUUCAGAUGAAGAUGACCUGCCUACAUCUUCACUAAUGCAAAUGCAGGCUGAAAAUGUUGAGUACAAGAAGACUGCUUGGUCAGUCUCAGAAUCUGGUGAUGAUUUAGACAAAUUAUUCAAUAAUAAUGGAGGUGUUUCAUCAAAUUCUACAUUGAACAAAAUACAUGCUACGCAACAAAGAGUUUCCUCCCCACCAAACGAUUAUGCAUCAAAGUUUUUGCAUCCCAAGCCAGAUGUUAAUUCCACUGGAUCAAACGCUUCUCAAUUCCCUCAUCCAGAGACAUCCAUUGGGAUUGACAACAGACACAGAAGAAGUGAACCAAGGAAUAUGUUCCCUCCUGCUAGAUCAAUGGAACAUGUGGGUCAGAGUACAAGAGAGUCAAUUAGGUCAGAGCCCCAGUUCCCAUAUCCACGACGGCAACCACCUCAAAAUAUGGGCCAGAAUCUGAGAGAGUCAGCUAGGUCUGAGCCACAGUUCCCAUAUCCUCAACGGCAACCUCCACAAAGUAUGGGCCAGAGUCCGCAAGAGUCAGUUAGGUCAGAGCCCCAGUUCCCAUAUCCACGAUGGCAACCACCUCAAAAUAUGGGCCAAAGUACAAGAGAGUCAGUUAGGUCAGAGCCCCAGUUCUCAUAUCCACUACGGCAACCACCUCAAAAUAUGAAUGCCUCAUCCUCAGUGCGAGACACAAAGCAAGUCGAGUCUAAUGACUUGCCCAAGCAACAACCAUCUCAUUCUGAUGUUUCAGGUGCUCCAGCUCGCAGCUUUGGAAUAUUUAGCACUCCAGCAAAUUCAUCUGGCCAGCAAGGUAUGGCAAAGGAUGCACAUGGGAGCAACAAGGGAAACAGGUAUGCAUCUGUAAGAAAUCGUGACAUGGGAGGAAAUGGAGCUAAUCAGAAUUUUCCUGGCUCAAAAUUUGAUGGUAGCCGGAGGCUGGAAGGUAAUGUGGGUGGACAACCACAGAGAUUUGGAAUAUCUAGUAGGGAUAACUCCAAUAUUUCUCCAAAUAGAAUGCCCAAGUCAAACUAGGCUUAUAGGAAAUAUUCUACAAUUUUUUAUUAUUGCCAUAAAAAACUAAUGGCAGAAACAGUUUUGGUUAAAAAAUCUUACUUAUUUUUUAGAAUAAUUGAUCUUUAUGGCAUGCUUGCAUCUCCUCACCAUUGUAUUUUGAUGAAAUUAUGGAGAAGUGAGAAGAAAAGGAACUCUGAUUACAUUUUUGUCACUUGAUAUGUAGUAAUAAUAAGAGGAAACCAACAAAUACAAUUUGGUGUUCCAUUUUGUUUGAGAAUAUAUAUAUAUAUAUAUAUAUAUAUAUAUAUAUAUAUAGUACUUGUUUUAGAGUAUUGAAUAUGUAGGAAUUCUACAAUUUGUGUUGGACAAAAGCCAUUAUGAAAUAUUCCUCCCUCGGACUGA